ACAAAUGGCCAGGAGAGAGGAAGAGCGCGAUGUCUUGGUCUCUCUAGAGUGAGGAUGCUCUCCGCGCUCACGUAGAAGGGGUUCGAGUUUGAGACCGUCUGGUAUAAGAAUGGGAGAAUCGCGUUGACACCACGGAGAGAUUCACGCUGAGACCCACCAUGGCUGUGGACGCGGCAUCCAGCUUCAGUUUUUGUCGUGCCUCCCUGGAGCACACAAUGUCAGCUGAGGAGCUGAGCUACCAGCUGCCGCGUCGCUCCGGAGGCAGCAACCUGACCUGGCAUGACGGCCGUGGACAGAAGACAGCGCACACGCGCACUGUCAAGCUUCUGCAGCAGCCUGGCACAGAGGGCAUCCAGCUGCAUCCAGGUGAAGCCUUCACUGUGUACCACACCAGUCCAACGUUAUCCAGCCUCUCAAAACCAGUGGUGCUCUGGACUCAGCAGGAUGUCUGCAAGUGGCUAAAGAAGCAUUGUCCGCACAACUACCUGACCUACGUGGAGGCCUUCUCUCAUCACGCCAUCACAGGACGGGCUUUGCUGCGCUUGAAUGGGGAGAAGCUUCACAGGAUGGGAAUCGUCCAGGACACCCUGAGGCAGGAGGUCCUCCAGCAGGUUCUCCAGCUGCAGGUCAGGGAAGAAGUCCGCAACCUUCAACUCCUCAGUAGAACUUCCUUUGGAAACUUCUCUUAGGUCACAGGGGAUGUGGGAGCCCCUUUGUCUUAUGCCCUGUAACAAAAGUCCCUGGGAGCUGCUGUCUUCAGAUAUCUGAAUGGACCAAAAAAAAGCCAGCCUGUCUGUGGGAUUCUCAUUCAACAUGGCCAAUCUGGAUACGGAGACUGAGAAGCAUCUCUGCUUGAAGCUGGCCAGCCCAUUCAAGUCAAAUAAAACAAAACAGAUGACUGUGUUGGGAUUAUUAUGCACAACGAUCAGAUCAAUGGUGGAUUAAUGCUCCUCAUUACAUGAGUAUCUGUUUAGAAAUCAUUUUGUAUCUUCCUUUUAUUUGUGGUUUUGAGGCAGCGUGGUGGAAAAGAGAAAGUCGUUUUUGUGUAUCUAAAUGUAGCGCACAUUUUUUCUGGACCCAUUUUUCAGCUUCUAAUGUGGAACCUGUUCAGGUUUCAAUGCAAUGCAGCAUUUAUUUACCACUCAUCAUGAUGCAGUUUUUUCUCAGGACAACACGAUUCGCAUGCAUAGAAAGAUGGCAACCAUCAACACAGGAAGGAGAGACUCUAUCCAUCAAGCUUGAAACUUAGUCAACCCAUCUACAGAACAGCAGGUUCAAACAUCAUUUAGACUCAGUCAAAGACAUGAAAACAAAUGAGAGUACUUGUGCUUCAGAGUAACAAGAGAGAUCAGUGUGACUAUUCUGUAGACUAAUUCAUAAAAGAAGGGUGAAUUUGAGGGGAAUAUCUCCUCAAAGACGAUAGUUUACUGUGGCUCCAUGUUGGUUGUGUGCUUAAAUAUCCUCUACUAUCUCUCACAGGUACAAAUCUAGCCUAAAUAAUUCAGCACCCCGUACCAAUGUGUGACACUGUGACUUCAUUCAGCAGAACACUGUGACAGCGACUUAGAUUUCCAGAGGAGACAGGUGUAUGUAGAACAUACGUUUUUUUGUUUUGAUUUGUGUUGUUGACUGUUAAAAGGGUGUUUUUUUAGUAAACCUGAUGUACUGUACUGUACCUGACCAUGUGGUGGGAUGAGUGAUGAUGCAAAAAGACUGGGAAUACAGUGAGUUUUUCUUUCACAAUAAACUGAUAUUAAA